AUGACGGAUGACUGGGGAAACUCGUUGAUGCGCAAUGAGCCAGAGUUCUUAGUCUUGGAUGGAACAAUGGUGACUAUCACCGUCGUUGUCUCACGGUUCUUCACCCUUACUUUACCUGCCCCUUUGUCCACAAAUGACCACCCGAAAAUGAUACACGAGCACGAUAUACGCGAAAUUAAUACUGAUGAUCAGUGA